AUGUCCGGAGGUGCUGUUCCAGUCUGGAAAAAAUACACUUCGAGACCCAGAGGUAUCUGGGAGAAGGUCAGACAGCUUUUGGUGCUUGUCCCAAACAGAUCUUCCGGUAACCCACUCGUUAACUACUUCAGAGUGAUUCCUCCUGGUGCCAGAAUCCAGGAAGCCAAAAACUAUAAGGAUCCAGUGACUUUGCCAGCUGGUGAUAUCAAGGGCAAUUCAUACAGCAAGCGUGAUUACAGAAGAAACUACCCACAAGUGCAUGCAUACGACCAGACCAAGGUUUCUGGGUUGUUGACGUUAGGUUCUGCGCAGAACCCUAGAGUUUCUAUUGGAGACAAGGGUAAUAAGGAGUUGGCAGCAUUUGGCGCAGGCCAGACGGUCAGUUUGGCUACCACCUUGACUUCUCUUGACCCUGAGGUCGUCAAGGGCGAAGUUUUGGGCCAGGCUGGCGAGCCUAUUGUUGCACCAUCUUUGAACAAAUUCAAGUGGUCCAUUUUGGAGGAGCCUCAGCACGGUAUGUACACAGAUGAGUACCCAUGUCGUAUUUUCAAGGGUGAGAAGGCGUAA